AUGUCUCAAGAUAUUAAUGAAGAGAUGGGCGCUUUGGUGCUGCAAGAUGCUGCGCAGCCAACGAUGCAGCAGCUGAUGCAACAAAUGUUGCAUCAGCAAAAUUUGUUGCAUCAGCUGCAAAUAUUUAUGCAGCAGCAGCAGCAGCAGCAGCAGCACCAGCACCAGCACCAGCAGCAGCAUCAGCAGCAGCCGCCGUCGCCGCCGCCCCCGCCGCCGCCGCAGGAACAGAAGGAGCAACAGCAGGAGCAAAAUGAGGAAGCGGCAAGGCUCGUGCCCGCUAGUAUACCCAGCGCGGCAGGGGCAUGUCUGGCGGUCGAGGAGGCGACCGAGGUCAAGGAGGCUGGGCCCGAAGAGGCGCCGGGGUCCGAGGAGAUGGCUGGGCCCGAGGAAGCCGAGGAGGCGGCUGGGCCCGAGGAGGCCGAGGAGGCGGUUGGGCCCGAGGAGGCCGAGGAGGCGGUUGGGCUCGAGGAGGCCGAGGAGGCGGAACCCAAGGUGAACGACACCCUCUUCUCCGGCUCGGCAGCUGCUCCCCGUUCGACGGUCGAAGUGGCCCUGGUGAUCGGGGCGUCGACGCUGGUCGUGGAAUGCGGCUCGGCUGGCGGCGAAUGUUAG